AUGCCUCCACGGCGUUCAACUCGAGCAACACGAUCUUCUGCCGAGCCGGCCCCUGUCGCCGCGACGACUUCGACGAAGCGCAAGCGAAACCCACCGACCGCCGAAGUUCACGAAGAGGAGGAACAAGAGAACGUUAUCGCUGCUGCGCCUCAGAAGUCGCGCAAGGAAUCUACGAGGUCAAGUAGCAAGACUGGCAUGACUGCUCGUAGAAAACCUCUCAAGGAGGUUCCCGAGGUCGACGAAGUAGAGCAGAAAGAACCACCGCCGAAGAAGCAUCGCCAAGAUGAGGAAGAGGAAGAGGAGGAGAAACCUAGAGGCCGCGGUAGAAAGGCGAGUGCUGCACCGCCUACCAAGUCUGAACCUGCGAAGCGGAGAGCAACAGCCAGGAAAGUUGCGGACGCGGUGGAAGAAGAUGAUCCUACUCCACCCAAAUCUAGGAGGGCGAAGACUACCGCUGGCAAAGCAAAGGCGAUUGCACAGCCGAGCGGCUCGUCUGCAAAAGGUCCUACGCGUUCCAGCCGUUCGUCGAGGAAGGUCAAAGUGGAAGAGUCCGAGGAAGUCGACCACUUGGAGGACCAGGGUGCAGAUGAAACGCUCACAGACGAUGAAGCAAGAGACGCUGAGGAGAACCAUAGCUCACAAAGAGGCCGAUCUCAAGCAAAGGAGACAAAGUCUAGGAAACGCUCCGAUCAGAGGGUUUCAGCUACCACCGCUUCCUCUACAGUUUCCUCUGCAGCCGGAACGUUAUCCCGUCUUUCCGACGGGCACGUCAAUGAAGAGGAUCGUUCUGUAGACGGGGAUAAUGCUCGUGGCGAUCCGUCCACGCCCGAGAAAGACGAGGGCAGCGACGAGGAGCUAGCCGCAGCUCAGUUGUCGGACGAAGAACGGCCCGCGACACCGCCUGCCUCGAAAGAGCAAGAGGAAGAGAAAUCGCUCCUAGAUGGUCCUGAUGUGCCCCUCAAGUCUCAACAUGCGCCUUCUUCACAUCAAGUUAAGGAGCCAGAGGAACCGCAAGGUCCAAAGGCGCGGCUCGUCAUACAUAAACUUGUUCUAGUGAAUUUCAAGAGUUACGCCGGUCGACAGGAGAUUGGUCCAUUCCACAAGUCCUUUUCGGCCAUUGUAGGUCCUAAUGGCUCGGGAAAGUCAAACACGAUCGACGCCUUACUUUUCGUCUUUGGCUGGCGUGCGACGAAGAUGCGGCAAGGCAAACUCUCGGAGCUAAUUCAUAACUCUGCACGGUACCCCGAUCUGGACGAUUGCAGCGUCGAGGUGCACUUCCGCGAGAUCGUUGACCUGCCUGGUCCAGAUGCAUAUGAAGUCGUGCCGGGAUCGAAGUUGGUUGUGUCCCGUACAGCGUACAGGAAUAAUACUAGCAGGUACACAAUCAACGGACAGCAGAGUUCUUUCACGGAGGUCAGAGACCUCCUGAAGGGUCGAGGCAUCGAUUUGGACCACAAGCGGUUCCUCAUUCUACAGGGUGAAGUCGAGUCUAUCGCACAGAUGAAGCCCAAGGCUCCGUCUGAGCAUGAAGACGGUCUCUUGGAAUACUUGGAGGACAUCAUAGGAACCUCCAAAUACAAGGAGCCGAUCGAAGAAGCUAUGAUAGAAAUGGAACGUCUUUCCGAAGAGAGGCAGGAGAAGCUGAACCGACUUCGGAUUGUGGAGAAAGAGAAGAGCGCACUGGAAGAAAAGAAGAAGGAAGCCGAGGACUACUUGAGAUUACAGAAUGAGCACGUUCGAGCUCUCAGCCGCCUGUGGCAACAUCAUCUGUGGCGAUGCUUAGUGAACGAAGGCCAGUACACCAAGCAGAUCGCCAAAUUUGAGCAGGAGCUGACAAAUUUGCGGGAGCAGAACCAGGACGACGUUACCCACUGCGAACUACUCCAAAAGCACUACGACGAGCGUGAAGCAGCCUACGAUGAGGUCAAAGCUGCCGCCGAAGAGGCCCAGAAGGACCUUGCGGCACACGAGAAACAAGCUGUGGGCUUGGAGGAGAAACGUAAGCAUGCCAACAGUAAAGCCAAGAAACUGAAGAAGGCUUUGCAAGACGAUGAGCAUACAAGGACUGAAGCAUUACGCACCAUCGAAGACUCCACGAGAAAGAUCGCGAAGGAGAAGAAGAAGCUGGAAGAGUUCGAGGAGUCUUUGGAGCAGGAGGAGGACGUCUUGGAAGAGAUCCGUGAUAGUCUGAAGGAUAAGACGCAGGUGUUCCAUGACCAGAUCGAGGUUAAACAGAAGGAAUUACAACCUUGGAUGGCCAAGAUCAAUACGAAGCAAGCGGAAAUCGAUGUUGCUACGAGUGAACGGGAUGCUCUGGCAAAGAAAGCUGAGGCUGUCAAGGAAGCCUUGGAAGAGGCUCAGACUACGGUAGACAAGCUGCAAGCCGAACACGAGACCAAAACUUCCGAGCUGGCCGAGCUACAGGAUAAUCGCUCUGGCAUUCAGUCAGAAAUUGAUCAAGGACAACGAAGACUUCAGCAACUUCAAUCGAAGAUCCAGCAACUACGAGCGACGGCGUCGUCCUCGCGUCAGAAGGUCGACGAAGCGAAGGCGUCGCAAGCCGCAAAUACUUCGCAGAACAGGGUGCUAGACAGUCUGACCAAGCUCAAGAAUUCAGGGCGUAUUGAUGGCUUCCACGGUCGUCUCGGAGCCCUAGGGACCAUCCCUGACAAAUACGACGUCGCCGUGUCGACGGCUUGUCCUUCCCUCAAUAACCUGGUCGUUGAUACCGUAGAGCAAGGUCAAGCAUGCAUCGAGUACUUGCGCAAGCAGAACGUUGGACGCGCAUCGUUCAUCGUGCUCGAGAAGCUUUCGUCUCAAGGCUUGGGCAAAAUCGCUACCCCUGAUAACGUACCCCGGCUGUUCGAUUUGAUCAAGCCGAAGGACCCUCGGUUCGCCCCUGCUUUUUACAAGGCAGUCGGGAACACGUUAGUCGCUGAGACUCUGGAACAUGCGAAUCGUAUUGCUUUCGGAGGAUCGCGCAGGUGGAGGGUUGUUACGCUGGCUGGUCAACUUAUCGAAGCUUCCGGGGCUAUGUCAGGAGGCGGGACGCAUGUUGCCAAGGGUAUCAUGAGCUCAAAGCUGGCCGCCGAUACUGUCUCUCCUGAUGUUCUCAGACGAUACGAGGAGGAGAGUAACCAGGCUGCUGAGCAACUCGAAGAAGCUUUGCAAGAGUCGCGUAGGCUCGAAGCUGAGAUGGAUAGUCUAAUGAAGUCUGGGCCCCGGAUGGACGUGGCUAUCGAGAAGCUGAACCUAGAUAUACAGACUGCUUCCAAGCGGAUAGUCGAGGCUCAGAAGCGUGUUCGUGAGCUGAAGUCGCAGAGUAAACCCGAUGCUGGUGAUCUGGCACGCAUCUCCGCCUUGGAUGAAAGCAUCCACACUGCCACGAGGGAUCUCGAGAAGCUGCAGAAGAAAUCUGGCGCGAUAGAGCAAGCAAUCAAGGACCUAGAGGAGAAAAUCCUUGACGUUGGCGGAUCCCGACUGCUGACACAGAAGUCCAAGGUUGAUGGUAUCAAGCUCCACAUCCAGAUAGCAAGUGACGAGAUAACGAAGGCUGAGGUCGCCAAAGCCAAAGCAGAGAAAGAUGCUGCCAAACUCGAAGGAGCAAUAGAACACAACAGUGUCAGUCUAGAGGAAGCAGAGGCAGAACUUCAAGAACUGGUAGAGCAACUUUCCGAGUGCACCCAGUAUGUCGAAGAACUCAGCAGCAAAGUCGACGCCGCCAGGGCUGCGGCAGAGAACUCCAAAGACGACUUGGACAGCUUGAAAGCUGAACUGGAUGCUAAGAACGAAGAGAUCCGAGGCUUCCGAGAGAAAGAGAUGACACUGGAAAAUGAUCUCGAGCGCUUGAAGAAGGACAUGGAUGACAACGACAGAUACAUCGAUCACUGGCGGACCGAACAUGACAAACUUACACUGGAAGAGAUCGAUGAUGAGGAGGAGGAGGAAGCGGAAGAGGACGGAAGGGAGUCCGCUGAACCCUCCGGAGAGCAUGUCAAGGAAGAGCCGGCAGAGCAGAAGGUGACUGGGAAGGGCCGACAGCGUGACAACCCCUAUGAAUUGCACAUCUACACGGAAGCCGAGUUGAUGAAGUUCAAGCAGCAGGAGCUCGUCGCUGAUGCCGAGUUGCUCGAUGAGAAACUCAAGAAUGCCAAGCCUAAUCUUGCGGCCCUGAAGGAAUACAGGAAGCGGGAGGAGGAGUUCUUGAAGCGGGCGCAGGACUUGGAAUCUACGACGAGCCAACGCGAUGAGCAAAAGCAGAAGUACGACAGCCUUCGAAAGCAGCGUCUCGACGAGUUCAUGGCAGGCUUUACUGCGAUAUCGUUGAAACUGAAGGAGAUGUACCAGAUGAUCACGCUGGGCGGGAAUGCUGAACUGGAGCUUGUCGACAACAUGGAUCCAUUCUCGGAAGGUGUCAUAUUCAGUGUCAUGCCGCCCAAGAAGAGCUGGAAGAACAUCUCUCACCUCUCUGGUGGCGAAAAGACGCUCAGUUCCUUGGCGCUUGUAUUUGCUCUCCACCACUUCAAGCCGACGCCUUUGUAUUUCAUGGACGAGAUAGACGCAGCACUCGACUUCCGUAACGUUUCCAUCGUCGCAAACUAUAUCAAGGACCGAACGAAGAAUGCCCAAUUCAUCAUCAUCUCCCUACGCAAUGACAUGUUUGAGCUGAGCCACCGGCUGAUCGGGAUAUACAAGACUGCCAACCAGACCAGGAGUCUAUCAAUCGACAACCGUGCAUUAACAGCCAUCCCCGUGCAGGCCGUUGCGCCUGGUAUGGCCUCUGCCUCGUUGGCAGCACACUAAUUUGCCAAAUCGGUAUUUAUUCUGCUUAUGGGACGUCUGGACUGGGGAGAUAUAACGCAUAUGUACCACAUCGUUGGAUUCGCCGUCUUGAAACAUGAAGUGUAAUUCUAUUCGUACACAUCUAUCUUGUACAUCCCGUUUUCUUCCUUCGCCUAGCAGUGGCUUAGUUGGGCCAAGUGUGGCCGGACGUAC